AUGAACCCCGUCCCCCCAACUCCGCGAACCGAGAAACUUAGCAGCGGACCGUCUCCAAGACCUGAUCUCAACCCACCUUCUUGCUCUUCAUCCUCAUUGUCGUCAUCACCAUCGGCGGCGAGCGACGAGAAGACUGAGUUGCACAAGUUCCUCCAGAUCAUAAAAAAUGAUGAGGGAAAUGCAGACCGUCUCAAAGCGGUUCUCGAUGGACUGGAAAAAGAUCAGAUACGCCAGCCCUCCCACCAUGAUGGCAAUAAGAACGCUAUGCACAUGGCAGUUGACCGCGGCAUGUUGUGGGCGCGUGGAGCGGACAUUGACGCCAGAGGGAAUGCUAGAGCCACUCCUCUUGAUGAUGCAUGCUUCAAAGGCCACAAGGAUGUUGUCGAGCUCCUUCUAUCCCGUGGGGCCAACACUCAAGUGUUGGAUAACAAUCUGUGGUCUCCAAUCCGAACAGCAGUCGGAUACCAGCACCUAGACAUUGUUGAAAUUCUCCUGAACGAGAAUCCGGCCAAAAUCAACGAGGGAGACAAGCACGGGGAGACACCAUUGCAUGUGGCGAGUGGGAAAGGAUGCGUUGAUAUCAUGAACCUUCUUCUGGAAAGGGGAGCCGACAUCGACAAACCCGACAAGGACCGAGAAACACCAUUGCACAGUGCGUGUCGAAAUGGGUGGGAGAGAUCUGCUCGUCUUCUUUUGAAGGAACACGCCAAGACGGACAGGACCGAUAACCAAGGGGAGACGCCAUUGCACGCAGCGAGCCGAAAAGGUCACGAGAGAGUUGUUACAGUUCUUCUAGAAGAGCAUGCAGCGAUAGACGCGACCGAUGACAAAGGGAAAACACCAUUAUGCGCGGCGAGCGAACAAGGACAUGUCGAAUGCGUCAACGCCCUCUGCGAAGCCGGGGCGGAUUGCAAUAUCCAAGCCGACCGAGACGGGGCAUAUAACACGGCACUCCACUACGCAUUUGAGCCUUCCGAGAAGGAAAAUGAAAGCCCUGAUGACAGGAAGAAAAGCCAGUCGCGCAUCGUGGCAAAGCUCUUGGCACAUGGCGCUGAUCCUGCGAUUCAGAACGACGAAGAAGACACAGCGUUGCAUCUGGCGGCGAAAACUGGCAACUGGAGCGCCUACAAAGACAUCCUAGAGGUGAUGAAAGAAGGUGAGAAUAGACUCAGCAACGAGUGGGAAAACACAGCUUUGGGCCUGGCACUCAAAUCACACCCUGCUGACAUCCUGGGGUUGAUGAUGGACUCGGAGAGCGCAAGCAUGUUCGACUCGGGAGAUGAAGUAGAGGCACUCCUCUGGGCAGCCAAAAAUGAAGAAAGCCACCAUUACCUGGAGAGUCUUUUUGAAGAGAGGAAGCAUCUCAGGGAUAAGAUGCCUCCCACCGACACCAGGUGCUGGAGCGCAAUUCAAUGGGCAACAUAUCUGGAACUGCCUGAGGUGCUCGCAUUGCUGCGGAAUGUUACUCCAACCAUCACGUCUGGAGAGGAGAAACCCGAGAUACCAAUAGCUGGUGCCGAACAAGAGGAAUUCUUGAAGCAAUGGGGUCCAAAGGCGGCAGUUACUGAAUGCAGGGUACGAGAUGACGAGCCGACCUUCGCGACCGAAUUCCGCAGCGUCCAAGAUAUCAUUUAUGGCACUGGACCGGUAAACACAACGACCACGAAGGAAAAGCGUCUCGGAGAUGACUUUUUUACAUGGGUUCAUCUUCCCGCAACCAAUAUUACCUGGAUGAAUGACCUCCUGAAAAGAAUCUUGAUCGAGGAGCCAUCAUGCGUGAACGACUCACGGUCGAACAACGUUGAGAGGGUGAAUGCAUUCUUCGAAUCCAGCUGGUCCCAGACACCAGACGGAACAUCUGAGUCGCGGAUCAUGAAGCCUCUAUGCACCACUGAGCCGCUGCCCCAAACGAAGGGCGCUUACAGCCCUGACCGCUUUCUUCAAGCCAUUUAUAUGCCAUAUUUCGCCUUGUCAAGACAACAACGAGGCCAGUACCACACUGGGAACGAUGAUUGCAAGGGCAAACGGUCGCAGAAGGAACAGGAGAAGGCAUGCAAACAAGAGGAGGAGAACAACGGAAGGGAUCAGAACGAGGUCGACCUACAAGGAGCUUACGACGCAUACUAUGGCUUGCUGAAGUGCUACGAAGGCAACGUCAUCCAUGGCUCGGCAACUCUUGAUGAGUUCUUCUACGGCUUUUCCCGGCUCACCCAGCAACAAGCACCCCUGCACGAGGAUCGACCACAAAGGAAUGAACUCCAAGUUGUGACAAAGAGCAUACACCCUGAAGGUGUAGCCGAAAGGUCUGACUGGACGCUUGUUAGGGUGAAUCAGCUGUGGGUGUGGGUAAUCGGUCAUAAAUGGUUGAUCACGGCGACCACGCAUCCAAUUGACCAAGCUGAAGAUUCAUUCCUAACAGAUGCAAUUGACCACAUAGAAAAGCGAGUAAGAAGGGUGCGAUCCCCGCUUGAGAUGGCCAAGGCAGUCUUCGCGUACUCUGUCGAUUCCUUCGACCGACCGCCAAAGUCGACGGUUUACGAAACAGACCAUUCCAUCCAUCAGAUCUUUUCUGACUCGAUCAACAAGAUUGCCAGGGAAGACGCCAAGCUAUUUGAAGAGUUCUGUGAGCACAUGGAAGCGAAAGAGCCGAAAGAAAAAGACGGACCAGAGGGAAAAGAGAUGGGGACGAAGGCUGCCGCGAGACUUUUGGCCAAAAUCAGAAACAUCCUCGACGAGCUUCAAAUGCUCCGAGCAAUCGGUAAACAUCAAAUGAGGGUUUGGAAGAAGUUGAAGAAUGGAUCCUCGGCGGACAACCGGCGAUGGGAGAGCCACGUCUUGAGCGACAUUGAGGACAUGAUCGCAUCUGCUGAUCGCAUCAAGUUAAAUGUUGAAAUGACGCUCUCUCUUGCCCAGCGGCAGAUUGCUAACAGCCAGGCGAAAGAGAGCCUGAAGCAGGGCGAGACCGCCAAACAGCAAGCGAGAGAGAGCUUCCAGCAAGGCCGGACGGUCACGAUCUUCACUGGAAUUACAGCGUUCUUCGUAGGUGUUCCUAGCCAUCAUCUGAACCGAAUUUGCAAGUAA